UGUGUAUUCCCACAAUAUAAUUUAUUUAAAUGCCGAUCUGCAGCGUUGUGAAGCCGUCAGUCGCGCGGACACCACACCUAAGCACAUAUAAAUAUUGGAAAAAGAGACAUGUCUUAUUUUCGAAGUUCGACCAAGGUAUUCUGAUGGACGAGGAGAGCUUUCCCGAGACACUCAGUGCUUAUAUGGCAGAAAAGUGUGACCGGGUGAAAGUGGCUGUGGACCCGUUUUGCGGCGUCGGCGGAAAUAUAAUCCAGCUUGCCCGACUGUUCGACAAAGUCAUUGCUGUAGAUAUUGACGUAGACAAGAUAGUGAUGGCCAAGCAAAAUGCCGCGAUUUAUGGCGUACUUGAGAAGUUGAGAAGAUUGAGUUCGUUGUUGGAGACUUUUUCGCCACCAUGGGGCGGUCCAGAAUACAACAAAAUGGAUGUUAUCGAAAAUGUGUUUAUUUAA